AUGGGAGCGCUCGUCGUAAAGGAGGGGGCGCGUAGAACAAAGAAUUUUUCACGGCCCAAGAUUGUGUCUGAGCCGCCGCGGCGUUCGCGCUCCUCAUCGCCUGACGCGCCGCCUGCGAAGCGGGCCUCUUCUGCCGGCUCCUCCGUUUGCGGCUACGACUCCGAGGCGCCGGAGGAGAUCCAGAACGAGGCGCUCUACCGGGCCUGCCGCGCGUACGGCUUAGGUGAGCAAUUCCUCGCUGCGGCGCAGGACGAGGGCACAUUCGGCGAGUGGCUCGACGAGCUACCCUUCGAGGUGGCUGCGGCGACCGCCCGGCUGCUCAAGCACCACGCGCGCUCCGGCGCGUGGGUCGAGCUCUCGCCCGGCAACCCUAGCCAGGCCUCACGCGCUGGCCGCGACCGCGACCGCUCGAGCCCGAACUGCCCGUCAGAUAUGUCGGAAUUGUCGGAGAAUAGCGACUAG